AUCCAAGCGCAGGCGCAGUGCGGUGUUUGUCUGCCGGACUGACGGGCGGCCGGGCGGUGCGCGGCGGCGGCGGGGAAGAUGGCGGCGUCCUCCCUGGAGCAGAAGCUGUCCCGCCUGGAAGCAAAGCUGAAGCAGGAGAAUCGCGAGGCCCGGCGGAGGAUCGACCUCAACCUGGAUAUCAGCCCCCAGCGGCCCAGGCCCAUUAUUGUGAUCACUCUAAGCCCUGCUCCUGCCCCGUCCCAACGAGCAGCCCUCCAGCUCCCACUGGCCAAUGAUGGGGGCAGCCGCUCACCGUCCUCCGAGAGCUCCCCACAGCACCCCACGCCCCCUGCCCGGCCCCGCAACAUGCUGGGGCUUCCGCCAACCUUGUUCAUGCCCCGCAGCAUGGAGAGCAUCGAGAUUGACCAGAAGCUGCAGGAGAUCAUGAAGCAGACGGGCUACCUGACCAUCGGGGGCCAGCGCUACCAAGCAGAAAUCAACGAUCUGGAGAACCUGGGGGAAAUGGGCAGCGGCACGUGCGGCCAGGUGUGGAAGAUGCGCUUCCGGAAGACAGGCCACAUCAUUGCCGUCAAGCAAAUGCGGCGCUCCGGGAAUAAGGAGGAGAACAAGCGGAUCCUCAUGGACCUGGACGUGGUGCUCAAGAGCCACGACUGUCCCUACAUCGUGCAGUGCUUUGGCACCUUCAUCACGAAUACGGAUGUCUUCAUUGCCAUGGAGCUCAUGGGCACGUGCGCUGAGAAGCUCAAGAAGCGGGUGCAGGGCCCCAUCCCCGAGCGGAUCCUGGGCAAGAUGACGGUGGCGAUCGUGAAGGCGCUCUACUACCUGAAGGAGAAGCACGGCGUGAUCCACCGUGACGUCAAGCCCUCCAACAUCCUGCUGGACGAGCGGGGCCAGAUCAAGCUCUGUGACUUUGGCAUCAGCGGCCGUCUGGUCGAUUCCAAGGCCAAGACGCGCAGCGCUGGCUGCGCCGCCUACAUGGCCCCGGAGCGCAUAGACCCCCCGGACCCCACCAAGCCAGACUACGACAUCCGGGCCGAUGUGUGGAGCCUGGGCAUCUCCUUGGUGGAGCUGGCGACGGGACAGUUUCCCUACAAGAACUGCAAGACAGACUUUGAAGUCCUCACCAAAGUCCUACAGGAAGAGCCCCCGCUCUUGCCCGGCCACAUGGGCUUCUCAGGGGACUUUCAGUCCUUCGUCAAAGAUUGCCUUACUAAGGAUCACAGGAAGAGACCAAAGUAUAAUAAGCUGCUUGAACACAGCUUCAUCAAGCGCUAUGAGAUGCUGGAGGUAGAUGUGGCAUCCUGGUUCAAGGACGUCAUGGCGAAGACUGAGUCACCGAGGACUAGCGGAGUCCUGAGCCAGCACCACUUGCCCUUCUUCAGGUAGCCACGUGGUGGCGGCCAGCCCCACCGGGGGCCAGGGGCAUGGCCACAGGCCCCCCUUCCCCACCUGGCCACCUAGCUGCCCACCAGGGGAGACCUGGGACCUGGACAGCUGCUGAGGGCUGAGGACAGAAAGUAGGGGGUGCCGACCCACCCCCAGCCCCCUGCCCACCAGCCGUGGACAGAUGGGCUCGCCAGGCCCCAGCCCUUCCCGUCCCGGGGUCAGCCGGCCUCCCGGGGUCAGCCGGCCGUGCGCGUCCCCCUGACAGACACUGUGAACGGAA